AUGAAGAGAGAAAGUCAUGUUAUCACCAGAUACAGUUGGGAUGGAAGAACGAAGAGUGUAAUUGAUUAUAUUCUAGUAGAUAGGGAAUGGGGAGAGAAAGUAACAAAUGUGAAGGUAAUUCCAAGUGUGAGUGCAGAUGGAGACCAUAGAUUACUGGUGGGACAAUGGAAAAUGAAUCAAUGUGUGAAAAAUAGAAAACAGAAGAAAGUGAUGAGGAUACGGGAUUGGAAAUUGAAGGAGAGUGAAUGUACUGAGAAGUACAGAGAAUUAAUAACACAAAAAUUUCCAAAAGAAGUUUUCUGUGAUGUAGAAAAAGAAUGGAGUUUAUUCAAAGACACUUUAGUCGAAGCAGCACAAAAAGUAUGUGGCAGAACAUCUGGAAAGGAAAAAAUAAGACAGACAAGUUGGUGGGAUGAUACCACAAACCAAGCAGUUAGAAGAAAAAAUGGAGCAUGGAGAAAAUGGUGGAAAACUAAAAAUGACGAAGACCGUAAAAGAUAUAUAGAGGAAAAGAAGAAGUGCAAAGAAAUAGUGGAAACAGCAAAGAAAAAGGCAUGGGAAGAGUAUACAAAAAAACUUGAAGAAGAUGUGAAGAGCAAUAAGAAAAUGUUCUAUAAAAUGAUGAAAAAUAAAAGGAAGGCUUCUGAAGUACCAGUAAAGAUGGAAACAGAGGAUGGUACCAUUAUUGAAGAUUCAGGGAAUAUAAAAGAUCUCUGGAAAGAACACUUUAAGAAGCUGUUAAACGCUGAGGAGCAGGUACAUGAGGAAACAACAAAUAAUGGAGAAAUUGAGAGAAGUUGGGAAGGAGAAUUAGGACAAAUUACACGGGAAGAAAUGGAAAAAGCUGUGAAGAAGAUGAAUGGGGGGAAAGCCCCAGGACCUGAUGAAGUAUCAGUGAACAUGAUAAGAGCAGCAGGUCCAGUGGGGAUGCAGUGGCUUUGUCUGAGGCAUACAUUGUUUAAAAUGGUGACUAAUCAACCAACAUCAGGAUCUUCUAACACUAAAAAGAGUAAGAAGAAAAAAAUCACUGUCAAUCAGUUAUUGAACAUAUUAGAAGAUAGUGAUUCUGAAUUCAAUAACAAAGAAUCGGAGGAGGAUAGCUAG